AUGCCUCCUGGAAAGCUGACUUCCAUACCCACGCUCGAACAGAAACACAAUGGUGUGCCCGCGCGCCUGCUAGACAAGGCACACCGUGCGAAAGGUCUCAUCCAAGAUGUUGCGACCAAGGCACUCCGGCCUAGACAACGUUUGCCCGUGAUACCACAGGGAAUCAAGCAGGCGCGGUUUUUCCUGGCUAUCGAUGAAAUCUCCCGGGAAUUGGGCAAUACCAAUGUCGAGAUUAACGAUAAACCACUGGAUGAUGGCUGGUACAUGGAACCCCCUAAUACGCACGACGGCAUGGCUAUCACAGAUGAAGAAGAACUGGUUGCCUCUGCAGUGGUCUAUCCAGGGAGUACAGAAGAAGUACAGAAAGUCGUUCACUGGGCAAACAAGUAUCUGAUCCCCUUGCACCCAAUUUCAAUGGGACGGAAUUUCGGCUAUGGCGGAGCCGCACCACGCGUGCGCGGGGCUGUCGUGAUGGACCUCGGGAAACGCAUGAAUAGGAUCCUGGAUAUCAAUCCAGACGAUUGUACUUGCUUGGUUGAACCAGGUGUUUCCUACUACGCACUCUUCGAGGAGAUACAAAGACGCGGAUACGAGCACCUUUGGAUUGACGUCCCCGACCUAGGGGGUGGGUCGGUACUAGGAAACGCCCUUGAUCAUGGAGUGGGCUAUACGCCUUACGGGGACCAUUGGGCAUCGCACUCUGGCCUUGAAGUUGUCACGCCGACUGGUGAGGUGGUUCGGACAGGGAUGGGUGCCUUGCCUGGGAAUAAUACUUGGCAGGUGUUUCCUUAUGGGUUUGGUCCGUUUCUUGAUGGCAUAUUCUCCCAAUCGAACUUCGGUAUCGUUACCAAGAUGGGAUUUGGCUUGAUGCCGGAUCCAGGCGGCCAUGAGAGCUUUCUAUAUACAUUCAAGAAAGAGGAGGAUUUGGACCAACUUGUGGAGAUCGUUCGUCCUCUACGAAUUGCUAUGAUUCUUGACAAUGCGGCAAACAUUCGCCAUGCGCUGCAACUUCUGGCACUAUCAGGAAAGCCUCGCUCGGCAUUCUACGAAGGGGAGGGUGCUUUUCCCAGUGAGAGGAUGUAUGAGUAUUUGAAAGCCCACCCAUACGGCGAGUGCACCUGGGUAUACUUUGGUACCUGCUACGGGCCGAAGGAAGUACGAAAGAUGAAGCUCGAUAUCAUCCACCGCGAAUUUAUGAAAGUGCCAGGAGCACGGCGGAUUAACCCAGCGGAGCUACCACCCACCGACUAUUUCUGGUCCCGCGACAGGAUUGCAAGUGGAGAGCCCGAUCUCGAAGAGCUGGCCUGGGUCAAUUGGUGGCCGAAUGGUGCCCAUGUUGCCUUUAGUCCUGUAGCGCCGACCCGUGGAGCUGAUGCACUGCGGCUGUGGCAAAUGGCCAAGAAGCACUGGGCUGCAUUUGGGCUGGACUUUUUUCUUGACUUUGUCGUCGGGCUUCGCGAGCUCCAUCUGAUUGUGGAAUGCGUGUAUGACCGCGAUGACCCACUGCAACGCGCUCAAGCGCUGCAAGCAAUGAGAUCCCUUAUCGACGAAGCGGCCGAGAACGGAUAUGGUGAGUAUCGUACGCAUUUACUUCUAAGCGACCAGGUUGCACGCACUUACUCCUGGAAUGAUAAUGCGCUUCUGAAGUUGAACGAAAAGCUAAAGGACUGCUUGGAUCCAAACGGAAUCCUGGCACCUGGGCGCAGUGGCAUCUGGCCCGCAAGAUACAGAGGAAGGGGCUGGGAAAUCAGUGAAAAGAGGAGCUCCUCUGAGGGUGAUGGAGUAGCAUCUCCUUCAACAUCCACAAAGCUUUGA